CGACAUUUCCGAGAAAGACGGUUGUUCGAGACCGCGCAGUUCAAUAUCCGAUUGCCACUGUUGGAGAGGGAUUCCGCAUUACCUGGCAGUGGUAGAAAGGUCAUGUCCGGAAUGGAACGCACCGAGAGCCUACACCCUCGCCGGUUCCAGGAACUUGUAAACUGCUUUGGAACGGGGUACUAGAACAGCAGACGUGGAACUGAGGCACUAGGGCUGACCUUGAUUAGAGUUGUGCCAGCUCUAUCGUUUGAAUGCUCCGCGUGUGGCUGCUUUAUGGGCAUUGGUGCACGAGCUGGUCGUGCCCCUCUGCAAUCACAGGCAACAGCGCAGGACUGCACUGAAGUUGGUUGGUGCAGGAACCACAAAGGUUGACACCCUGAUUACUGGAAGGCACAUGAGCAGUUCGCUAUGGAUGCACCAAACCUGUUUGUGAGGAUGCUAAUCCUGGUGAUCUUGUAUGAGUGCGGGCUCAAGAGUGGUGUUCAUGCGUCCACUAUUGAGCAGAUUGGCAGUCUGGUCGAGGGCCCCCUUGAGAAUCAAAGUAGUAUUUCAUUAUCAUUUAAGGGAUUGUCAGGUCCCAUCCCACCCGAGCUCGGCAGCCUGAUCAACCUCGACUACAGCUUGGUCCUUGCCUAUAACAACCUUUCCGGGCCCAUCCCCCCGGAGCUUGGCAGCCUGACCAACCUGAUUUACUUGGACCUCUCCAACAACAAGCUCUCCGGGCCCAUCCCCCCGGAGCUCGGCAGCCUGACCAACCUCCGUGACUUGGACCUCACCUACAACCGCCUCUCCGGGCCCAUCCCCCGGGAGCUCGGCAGCCUGACCAACCUCACUGGCUUGCACCUCGCCUCCAGCGGCCUCUCCGGGCCCAUCCCCCCGGAGCUCGGCAGCCUGACCAACCUCGCCGACUUGGACAUCUCCUUCAACGACCUCUCCGGGCCCGUCCCCCCGGAGCUCGGCAGCCUGACCAAUCUCCCCGGCUUUUCCAUCAUAUACACCAAUGUCUCCGGGCCCAUCCCCCCGGAGCUUGGCAGCCUGACCAACCUCACUUACGUGGACCUCCGUUCCAACAACUUCUCCGGUCCCAUCCCUCCGGAGCUCGGCAGCCUGAUCAACCUCGCCGGCUUGUACCUCUCCGGCAACAAGCUCUCCAGGCCCAUCCCCCCAGAGCUUGGCAGCCUUAUCAACCUCGCCGACUUGUACCUCCACCGCAACGACCUCUCCGGGCCCAUCCCCCCAGAGCUCGGCAGCCUUACAAACCUCACCGACUUCCUGACCAACCUCACCUCCUUGGACCUCUCCCACAACAACCUCUCUGGGCCCAUUCCCCCCGAAAUCGGCAGCCUGACCAAACUCACCUCCUUGGACCUCUCCCACAACAACUUCUUUGGGCCUAUCCCCCCGGAGCUCAACAAUUUGACCAGCCUUACCGAACUCAAGAUCUCCGGCAACAACCUCUCCGGGCCAAUACCUCCAAGUUUCUGCCGCUUCUACCGCAGUAGUUUCAGUCCUGGAAACCUGGAGUUGGUCUGCAACAAUUGUGGUUACAGCUCAUUAUGUGGAGCUGUCCCACCUUCUUCAUGGUCACCAUCCCCUCCUUCUUCAACGUCACCACCCCCUCCAGUUGGACCUAUUGUUGGUGCGGUUGCUGCUGGAGCUGCUUCUCUCCUAGCUGUGGCCAUCUUAGGGUACUGAGAUGUGAUGUGAUCUGUAUAUAUUUGGUGUGCUUUCGUUGGAGCUAACCAGCGGGCACCCAUUGGUACACCAGCUCGAGAGCGAAGGGGUGGAGCGGCCCCUCAAAGUGGCGACGGAUAUGGGUUAGGGGGGGAGAAUCCUAAAAUUGGUCGACCCGGCUCUUGGGAAUGGCUACGAUGCGGAGGAGGCUCGUAGCUUGAGCUGGCAUCGGUAUUUGAAUCGAGUGGAAGUGGUCUAGUUUAAGGUCGUCUGGGUAAGGUUAGAGUGGAGUAACAAGUGGUUAUUGAGGUGGAGCGCACCCUUUGAUGUCCGAGACAUUCCCCUUUUUAGGAACUACCGCCGUGGCGCAGAUGACAGAGGGCAUAGUCGACCAGGAUGCUCUUUGUCAUUAAGUUCAACCGCAAGCUAGUGUGUAAGUAGAGUAAGCCAUACGUUGUCGGAUCAUGUUCCACUUUUGAUCUGUACGGUUUGCCUUCAAGCUCAGAGCUGCGAUUUGUGCCGUCCCGCUCUGGUUGCCUGAUGAGCUUGGCUGCUUCGAUUUUGAAUCCGCUGUACCUUCGGGACUUCGUACGU